AUGAUGUGUGAAGUGAUGCCCACGAUUAAUGAGGACACCCCAAUGAGCCAAAGGGGGUCCCAAAGCAGUGGCUCGGACUCAGACUCCCAUUUUGAGCAGCUGAUGGUGAAUAUGCUAGAUGAGAGGGAUCGUCUUCUGGACACGCUGCGGGAGACGCAGGAGAGCCUCUCGCUUGCCCAGCAAAGACUUCAGGAUGUCAUCUACGACAGAGACUCGCUCCAGAGACAGCUCAACUCGGCGUUGCCACAGGAUCUCGAAUCCCUAACAGGAGGGCUGACUGGUUCUAAGGGGGCUGAUCCGCCGGAAUUUGCUGCACUGACAAAAGAGUUGAAUGCCUGCAGGGAACAGCUUCUUGAAAAGGAAGAAGAAAUUUCUGAACUUAAAGCUGAAAGAAACAAUACAAGACUGUUAUUGGAGCACUUGGAGUGCCUUGUGUCAAGACACGAAAGAUCGCUGAGGAUGACAGUGGUCAAGCGGCAAGCCCAGUCUCCCUCGGGAGUGUCCAGUGAAGUUGAGGUUCUUAAGGCACUGAAAUCCUUGUUUGAGCACCACAAGGCCUUGGAUGAAAAGGUAAGGGAGCGACUGAGGGUUUCUUUAGAAAGAGUCUCUGCACUGGAAGAAGAACUAGCUGCUGCUAAUCAGGAGAUUGUUGCCUUACGUGAACAAAAUGUUCAUAUACAGAGGAAAAUGGCAUGUAGUGAGGGAUCCACAGAGUCUGAAAAUCUGGAAGGGAUGGAACCAGGUCAGAAAAUCCACGAAAAGCGUUUGUCUAACGGCUCUAUAGAUUCAACGGAUGAAACCAGUCAAAUAGUGGAACUACAGGAGUUGCUUGAAAAGCAAAACUACGAAAUGGCCCAAAUGAAAGACCGCUUAGCUGCUCUUUCUUCCCGAGUUGGAGAGGUGGAACAGGAAGCAGAGACAGCAAGAAAGGAUCUCAUUAAAACUGAAGAAAUGAACACUAAGUAUCAAAGGGAUAUCAGGGAGGCAAUGGCACAAAAGGAAGAUAUGGAAGAAAGAAUCACAACCCUUGAGAAGCGUUACCUCAGUGCUCAGAGAGAAUCUACCUCCAUACAUGACAUGAAUGACAAACUAGAAAAUGAGUUGGCAAAUAAAGAAGCCAUCCUACGGCAGAUGGAAGAGAAAAAUAGACAGUUACAAGAACGCUUGGAGCUGGCUGAGCAAAAGUUACAGCAGACCAUGAGAAAGGCUGAAACCCUACCUGAAGUAGAGGCUGAACUGGCUCAGAGAAUUGCAGCCCUAACCAAGGCUGAAGAGAGACAUGGAAACAUUGAAGAACGGAUGAGACAUCUAGAAGGUCAACUGGAAGAGAAGAAUCAGGAACUUCAAAGAGCUAGGCAAAGAGAGAAAAUGAAUGAAGAACAUAACAAAAGAUUAUCUGAUACUGUGGACCGACUUCUGACUGAAUCCAAUGAACGCUUGCAGCUGCACUUAAAGGAAAGAAUGGCCGCCCUAGAGGAGAAGAAUGUGUUAAUUCAAGAAUCAGAAACUUUUAGAAAGAAUCUUGAAGAAUCAUUACAUGAUAAGGAAAGACUAGCAGAAGAAAUCGAAAAGCUUAGAUCUGAACUUGACCAAUUGAAAAUGAGAACUGGCUCUUUAAUUGAACCCACAAUAUCAAGAACUCAUCUAGACACCUCCACUGAGUUGCGGUAUUCAGUUGGAUCCCUGGUGGACAACCAGUCUGAUUACAGAACAACUAAAGUAAUAAGAAGACCAAGGAGAGGCCGCAUGGGUGUGCGCAGAGAUGAGCCAAAGGUAAAGUCUCUGGGGGAUCAUGAGUGGAAUAGAACGCAGCAAAUUGCAGUAAUAAGCAGCCACCCUUUUGAGAGUGACACUGAAAUGUCUGAUAUUGAUGAUGACGACAGAGACACAAUUUUUAGCUCAAUGGAUCUUCUCUCUCCAAGUGGUCAUUCUGAUGCUCAGACCCUUGCCAUGAUGCUUCAGGAACAAUUGGAUGCAAUUAACAAAGAGAUCAGGCUAAUUCAAGAAGAAAAAGAAUCUACAGAAUUGCGUGCUGAGGAAAUUGAGAAUCGCGUGGCCAGUGUGAGCCUGGAAGGCCUGAACUUAGCAAGAGUCCACCCAGGUACCUCCAUCACUGCCUCUGUGACAGCUUCCUCGCUGGCCAGUUCAUCUCCCCCCAGCGGACACUCAACACCAAAGCUCACCCCGCGAAGUCCUGCCCGGGAAAUGGAUCGGAUGGGAGUCAUGACACUGCCAAGUGAUCUAAGGAAACACCGGAGAAAGAUUGCAGUGGUGGAAGAAGAUGGUCGGGAGGACAAAGCAACAAUUAAAUGUGAAACUUCUCCGCCGCCGACACCUAGAGCCAUCAGGAUGACUCAUACCCUCCCUUCUUCCCACCACAAUGAUGCCCGGAGUAGCAUAUCAGCCUCUCUUGAGCCAGAGAACCUUGGGCUUGGAAGUGCCACCAGCAGCCAGGACUCUCUUCACAAAGCUCCCAAAAAGAAAGGAAUCAAGUCUUCAAUAGGGCGUUUGUUUGGUAAAAAAGAGAAAGCUCGUCUUGGGCAGCUCCGAGGCUUUAUGGAGACUGAAGCUGCAGCUCAGGAAUCCCUGGGUUUGGGCAAACUUGGAACUCAAGCUGAAAAAGACAGAAGACUGAAGAAAAAGCAUGAACUUCUUGAAGAAGCUCGGAGAAAGGGAUUGCCUUUUGCCCAGUGGGAUGGGCCCACCGUAGUCGCAUGGCUAGAGCUUUGGCUGGGAAUGCCUGCUUGGUAUGUGGCAGCUUGCCGAGCCAACGUGAAGAGCGGUGCCAUCAUGUCUGCUUUAUCUGACACUGAGAUCCAGAGAGAAAUCGGAAUCAGCAAUCCUCUGCAUCGCUUAAAGCUCCGGCUAGCAAUCCAGGAGAUGGUUUCUCUUACAAGCCCUUCGGCUCCUCCGACAUCCCGAACCCCAUCAGGCAACGUUUGGGUGACCCAUGAAGAAAUGGAAAAUCUCGCUGCUCCAGCAAAAACGUGUCCGGUGUUUCUGCAGACUCUGGCUUAUGGAGACAUGAAUCAUGAAUGGAUUGGAAACGAAUGGCUUCCCAGUCUGGGAUUACCUCAAUACAGAAGUUAUUUUAUGGAAUGCUUAGUAGAUGCAAGAAUGCUAGAUCACCUAACAAAAAAAGAUCUUCGUGUCCAUUUAAAAAUGGUGGAUAGUUUCCAUCGAACAAGUUUACAAUAUGGAAUUAUGUGCUUAAAAAGGUUGAAUUAUGACAGAAAAGAACUAGAAAGAAGACGCGAAGCAAGCCAACACGAAAUAAAAGAUGUGUUGGUGUGGAGCAAUGAUCGAGUUAUUCGCUGGAUACAAGCUAUUGGUCUUCGAGAAUAUGCAAAUAAUAUUCUUGAGAGUGGUGUGCACGGUUCACUUAUAGCCCUGGAUGAAAACUUUGACUACAGCAGUUUAGCUUUAUUAUUGCAGAUUCCAACACAGAGUACUCAGGCUCGGCAGAUUCUGGAAAGGGAAUACAAUAACCUCUUGGCUUUGGGAACUGAACGACGACUAGAUGACAGUGAUGACAAGAAUUUCAGACGUGGGUCGACCUGGAGAAGGCAGUUUCCUCCUCGUGAAGUACAUGGAAUCAGCAUGAUGCCGGGGUCCUCAGAAACAUUACCAGCUGGAUUUAGGCUAACCACAACAUCGGGACAGUCAAGGAAAAUGACAACGGAUGUGGCUUCAUCAAGAUUGCAGAGGUUAGACAACUCCACUGUUCGUACAUACUCAUGUUGACCAAGCCACUCAAAGGAGGCAGCACUGACCUGCUAUGCUGUCUUUUCAGUCUACUCUACCUAAAGUGCACUACCAUCUGAGAAGACAAGCCGUGACACACCUCUGUGAAGAUGGAAUUCUAAGGGAAUAACAAGCAAUGCUGUAAUAAAUGCUCAAAAUGAUUUGGGGGGAGUCAGUUAUCAACUUGAUUAGUUUACUAUAAUUGUAAGAAAAAACGCUUACUUAACUCAUUUGAAUAAUAAGCACCAUCCACAUCAUAAAUUCUGUACAACAGACGUUUUAUGAAAAGGAGCCACUUGUUUUUCAUGUUUAAUGUAAUAUACUAGGCAUUAAUGUAUUACUGUGUAUUUCUUUUUAAAUGUGUAAGUCUUCUGUAAAUGGAUAUAAAUAUGAUUUUUUAAAAAAAUAAAAUAUAUGGUUCAUGGAGUCUCGAGUGCAAACAUUUGACAAUUCCAAGUACUGUUUGUAUUUUACCAUUCCACCGUUUUUACAGUUUUUGAAUUGUAACAGUCAAUAUGUUUUCUUGAAGUAUGAGACAUGCUUCAGGAUGUUCCUCCAAGUCUGUCAGUACUUAAAGCUGAACACCUGCCUCUGAUCAUGUAAAAAAAAUUGAUUGAUUUAACCUGGAACUGGAGCCAAAAAGACCUCAAAGGCAAUCAGGGAUGUCCUAUAACUUCAGAAAUAGCACUGUGAUGGCUCGAUCUCCUUUUCAAUACAAAAUAAAGCCAAACUGUUUACAAGAGUCAAAAGCAACUACUUAAAUUUAUAUAUAAAAUGCAUUAUCUUCUCUUGUUACCUGUGGACCAACUUGGGGGGAAAAGUGUCUUUAUUGAGAAACACUUGCUCAUUAAAAUGCCUUGAGCUGCCCAACAGCAGGGGGUACCAUUAGCCACUGCAGUUGGAGGCUCAUUUCCAUCAGACAAAAUGAAACCUAGGAAAGUGUUCCUUUUGUCACUAUAAAAGGGUAUUAGCCACUCUCAUGUCUAAUGUUAUAAGUUUUUAAGCCGAGAUGGCCUUGCUAUGACUUCCCUGAAGUCAGUCUUAUCAGAGGAUAUAAAUGAAAGACAGAACGAUUAACAUAUAUAGUGUAUAGAAGUAUAGAAGAGUAAUCUCUUCCCUGUGGCUUUAUUUGGUGGUGUUAUUGUUGUUAAUUCCUCGUUUAUAUGGGAGAUUUCAAAGUACAACUAUUUAAUAAUACUAUUUAUCUAACUGCUGAUUUCCCACUGCCUGAUCUUAAGCGCAAGACCUGUCAUUAAAUUUUUUGUAUCUUAAUUUGCUGUUUGCACGUACAUAAACAUUUGUUUUGAUGUCUAUUUUUGUUGAACAGAUUCAAUCAAAAGGUAAUGGUAACAGAAACCCUCUCCGUUGUCAAUAAAAACAAGUAAUUCCAGUUGUCUGUUUAAGCUUCAUUUUCUAGUCACAGAAAGUCUGACAAUUUACAUGAACUAUAAUAAAAAUCAU